AUGGAGGUCUCCUCAGACGAUGAACUGGACGCGAUGACGACCUCUGGGGAAGAGCUCAUUCAAUCGAUCUUGAGAGAAGAGUCGCUGGAGAAAAUCCAACAAUUGAUCACAAACGGGGCACCGUUGUGGUACCAAAACGAAUCGGAGGGUAUAUCUUGUCUACAUGCCGCCGCCUACACCCAGAAUGUAGCCCUGACAAAGCUGCUGAUUGAAAACGGCGCGGUUUGGAAUGCUGCUGACUAUCUACGCAAUACUGCUGGUGACAUCGCAUUGUCAUUCAACAACGAAGAAUUGUACAAUCUCAUGCGAGAUGCGGGCAUACGCCAAGAGAUGCUUAUGGGUCUGUUAUCUUCGAAGACUGAUAACGAGUCCGUCAUGAUCUUGCGUGCAAACGAUGAAACUGCUGCUACUUCAAGCGAGACUUUUCUCGGGUCACCGUUGAUCUACAAGCAGGACCAACUCGGACAAGAUGUUUGUAUGGUCGACAUCGAUGGUGAAGAGGUAGGUGUCAUGAUGCGGUGGGAAGAAGGCAUCAUGGAACGCACCCUGGAAAGGAUGAAGGCGGAAUGCAAAAAGACAGAGAAUCUGCGCGUUCUCAAUGUCGGUUUUGGCCUGGGAAUCAUUGACACCUUAUUCCAAACACUAUCACCCUCAUUACACGUCAUUAUCGAGCCGCACCCAGAUGUUCUCAAGCACAUGAGGGAGCGUGGAUGGUACGAAAAACCAGGCGUCAAAAUUCUCCAGGGAAAAUGGCAGGACUUUGUCAAUAAGGAUAGGUUGACGGAACUCAUACCAGAAGGCGGAUUCGACAUGGUAUAUACCGACCCAUUCAGCGAAGAUUAUGAGACGCUGCGAGGUUUUUUCAAGCAACUGCCAACUCUUCUAGCACCUCGGGACGGAAUAUUCAGUUUCUUCAACGGAUUGGGGGCAACCAAUCCAACUAUCCAUGAUGUUGCGACACGAAUAGCAGAGUUGCAUUUGGCAGAACUAGGAUUCAAUGUUCAGUGGAGCGAUGUAGAUGUACGCCAGCAAAGAGACCGUUGGGGCAACUCCCGACCUUACUUCACGCUGCCUACAUACCGGUUGCCUGUUCUCGUCAAUAGUUGA